AGAUGCGUCGUCGAAUAGCAGAAAAUUCAAAUGUUGAAAAUGAACGUAAAAUUCGUGAACAACUUUUCCGUCGAACAUUUGCAGCUUCUGCACGUCGUGGCGGUUAUGAUCGUCGGUCAGAUGCAUUAAAACAACAAAGUGAGAAAACAACAGAAAUGCUUAGUAAUUUGGUUUCAAAAAUGAGUGAACAGGUUGAACAAUCUGAACAAAGCACAGGUGCAUUAAUUCAUUCCUCCUCAGUAUUACGCGAUUCUCACUCCAAUUUUGACGCUGUUUCUUCAACAAUUAAAAGCGGAGGAAAAUUAAUUUCAAAAUAUGGAAGACGUGAAUGUACAGAUAAAAUACUUAUUGUGCUUGCAUUACUUUUAUAUUUUGGUGUUUGCCUUUAUAUUCUAAGAAAACGCAUUCCAUGGCUAAGUUGGAAUUGGUUUGACUGGAUUGGUGAUUGA